AUGGCGACCGCUACUGUCGCGCUCUUUGCGCUCCUCCCCCUCCUGCCUGCUGUCCUCGGCGGCCCGGUUAUCCUCCAGCCCAUUGUCCAGCGCGAUGCCACCUCCCUCGACUCGCUCUGCACUGCCAGCAACCUUGCCAGCAUCGUGUCGGCCUUCAGCGACAUCUCUGCUGUCACUUAUGACACUAGCUCGGUCACCGCCAACAUUGUGACCAACUACACUGCCAGCCCCGGCACCACCGCCCCCAUGUUCCCCACCACGGCUGGCAAUACCUUCUGCAAUGUCACCCUCAGCCUGAAGCAUGACAACCUCGAUGACCAUGUUGCCAUGAACUUUUGGCUUCCCGCUCCCGAGUCCUUUAGCAACCGCUACCUCUCGAACGGUGGUGGCGGUUGGUCCGUCAGCGGCGCCAACUCCCUGAUGUCCGGUCUGCCGUUCGGCGCCGCCUCGGGUGCCACUGACGGUGGCUUUGGCUCCAGCGGCCUGACCGCCGCGCUGCUCAUGGCCGGCGGCAACGGCACCAUUGCAUGGUCGCGCUGGGAGUCGUUCUCGUACCAGGCCAUCCACGAGAUGACUGUCACGGGCAAGGAGCUCACGCGUGCCUUCUACAACGUGUCCGCCACCGAUCUCAAGUCGUACUACCUCGGUUGCUCUGAGGGUGGCCGUGAGGGUCACCAGAGCACCCAGCGCUACCCCAAGGACUUUGACGGUGUCAUGGCUGGUGCUCCCGCCAUGUACUGGCCCGUCCACCAGCUCGCACAGGGCUGGCCCAACAUUGCCAUGGCCCAGGCCAACCACUGGCCCAACCCCUGUGCUUUCAACACCAUCCGCUCGCAUUACAUUGCCGCCUGUGACCCCCUCGACGGCCUCACCGACGGUGUCAUCUCGCGUUCCGAGCUCUGCACCUACGACCCCAGCAAGAGUGUCGGUGUUGCCUACGCCAACUGUUCGCUCUCAAGCGGUGCCCCCGGCGCGACUGCUGUCACUUACCCCGCCGGCACCAUCUCGCAGGCGGACGCCGACGUGGUCAAGGCCAUCUACAAGGGCGGUUUCACCUCGGCCGGCGACCAGCUCUUCUGGGCUUACCGUCCCGGUACCACCCUUACGGUGGAGGCGGGUGUCAAGUACAACGCUGCCAACGGCACCUUCAGCGCUGGCACCAGCAACUUCUUCGGUACCUACUACACGAACAUGGUUCUCAGGACCACUGCCUCCGUGACCGUCCCUUACGACACAAUCACUGUCGACGACGUGUACGACAUGAUGCUUGAGGGUCUGCAGCAGUACGGUGGCUGGUCUGAGAGCACUUGGCCCGACCUCUCGGCCUUCCAGGCCAACGGAGGCAAGAUGAUCCACUACCACGGUGAGCAGGACACCAACCUGUUCCCCGAGGCUUCGGCCCACUUCCACGAGAAGGUCCGCGCGGCCAUGUUCCCCGGUGCCAAGGACUACACCGGCAUCAACGAGUUCUACCGCUUCUACCUCGUUCCCGGCGCGGCCCACUGCUCGAUCAACACGGCCCAGCCCAACGGCCCCUGGCCCCAGUUCGGCUUUGCCCAGCUCAUCGACUGGGUCGAGAACGGCGUCGCGCCUUCGUACCUCAACGGUACCACCGAGACCGGCACCUCCAUCCAGUCCAAGAUCUGUCUCUGGCCCACUCGUCCCCUGUGGAAGAAGAACAGCACGUCCUCGUUUGACUGCGUCGAGGCCAAGGCGGCGACCACCUUCAUCCACCCCCUCAACGGCUGGAAGGUGGACUACUAG